GCCUGCGCGCGGCUGUGAGCAAGCGGGAGCCAAAGUGCCGGUCAGUGAUGGAGCCGCUGCCAUGACAACCCCGGGCAGUCAGCCUGCGUACCGCGCAGGGAUGCUCCCGGGCAGCUGUGCCGCCGGGGCUGGGAUGAUGCCGCCCUUCUGCACCCCGUCCUGCUGCUGCUGAGGGUGUCCGGCAUCACAACGUCCGAUAUCCGACAUCCCAACAUCCAACAUCCCAACGUCCGACAUCCCAACAUCCGACAUCCCGCAUCGCAGCGCUCUGCGUCCCGCCGGGACCAGCCUUUGGGACCCCGCGCUGGGACUGGAGGAGGAGAGGGACUGCCGGGCACUUUGGGGGGCAUUUGCCCGCUGUGCCUUUGUUGCUUCUGGACCCAUUUGCUGUCUCGCUGCAGGGAGUGGUGGUUUUUUUUUUCCGCCGUCUCUUGUUGGCUUUUCUUUCUUUCUUUCUUUUUUUUUUUCCCUUGUCUUUAUGGACUGCCCCCGCUCGGGGAGCUGUGAACUCAGGACAAGUGUGCGUGUGCGGGGCAGGAGUGCGGCGCAGCCCCCGGCACCUCCAUGCCCAAGUGAGCCUCGGACUGCUCCCGGGAAGAGCCGGCUCGCCCAGCGUCCAGCACCUUUGCCACUUCUCCUCCUCCUCUUCCUCCUCCCCCCGGCCCUCCCGUCCUCCUCCCUCACCCGAGGAUACUGGGGACUCCCUCCGGAUGCCGCUCGGCAGGCUCAGUGCUCGCAGGCUGCCUUUCCAGGGGCUCUCCUGAUCUCCGUGGAGCUCCACAUCGCUCGCCUCCGCGCCCGCCCCGGUGGAGUGCCCGUGCGCAGCGGAGAUGCCACCUUCCCCAAAGCUAUGGACAACGUGACUGUGCGGCAAGGGGAGAGUGCCACGCUCAGGUGCUCCGUGGACAACCGCGUCACCCGCGUGGCCUGGCUGAACCGCAGCAGCAUCCUCUAUGCCGGCAAUGACAAGUGGUGCUUGGACCCGAGGGUGGUGCUCCUGGCCAACACCAAAACCCAGUACAGCAUCCAGAUCCACGACGUGGAUGUGUACGAUGAGGGGCCCUACACCUGCUCUGUGCAGACAGACAAUCACCCCAAAACAUCGCGCGUCCACCUCAUCGUGCAAGUGUCGCCGAAAAUUACCGAGAUCUCUUCUGACAUCUCCAUCAAUGAAGGUGGCAACGUCAGCCUCACCUGCAUAGCCACGGGCAGGCCAGACCCCACAAUCACCUGGAGACACAUCUCGCCCAAAGCUGUGGGCUUCAUCAGCGAGGAUGAAUACCUGGAGAUCACAGGCAUCACCCGGGAGCAGUCGGGCGAGUACGAGUGCAGUGCCUCCAACGACGUGGCUGCGCCUGUCGUCCAGCGAGUCAAAGUCACCGUCAACUACCCACCGUACAUCUCGGAUGCGAAGAGCACCGGUGUGCCCGUGGGGCAGAAGGGCAUCCUGAUGUGUGAGGCCUCUGCCGUCCCCUCCGCUGACUUCCAGUGGUACAAAGAUGACAAGCGGCUGGCUGAAGGACAGAAAGGGCUGAAGGUGGAAAACAAAGCCUUCUUCUCCCGACUGACUUUCUUCAACGUCUCUGAGCAGGACUAUGGCAACUACACCUGCGUGGCCUCCAACCAGCUAGGAAAUACCAACGCCAGCAUGAUCCUUUAUGAAGAGACAACAACCGCUCUGACACCCUGGAAAGGCCCCGGUGCAGUGCACGAUGGCAACAGUGGUGCAUGGCGGCGAAGCAGCUGUGCCUGGCUGCUGGCCCUGCCGCUCGCCCAGCUCGCCCGCCAGUUCUGAGCCCCGAGGCGGCCACGACCACCACAGCAGAGAGGAGAGGAAGAAGAUGUAUUCACUGUUUCUGAAAAAUAAUCAUAAGAAUUGAGAGAGUUGUCCGGCCAGGCCUUCUGGGGGAGGGGGAGAAAGGAAAAACACGCAAAAAAUAAUAAUAAUGAUAUAAUAAUAAUAAUAAUAAUAAUUCAAAGGGAAUUUGGAAAGGAGGGGGAACAAAAAAAAAAUUAUCCAAGGCUUCCUGCUGAAGACGCAACGCGACUGAGUCUUUUUUUUUCUUUCCUCUGGUUAUUUUUUUGCCUGCCCCUUUUUCUCCCCCCCAUUUCGUCGUUCUCUGCCAUGGGUCAGUGUGGGGGUGGGACAGCCCUGGUCCCCCCACCAUCCCCGCUCACCCGGAGCCCCUCCGUCCGUAUGCACAGGUUUUCUUCUUCGCCGAGAUCUCUCUGUCUUCUCAUGGACUGUGCCGCCAUUUGUGUUUCAAAAUAUAUAUAUAUAUAUAUCCACAUAUACAUAUAUAUAUAUAUAUAUGUAUAGAUAUAUAGAUCUUCAACAGUUACACCACGCCGCCGCGAACGGAAAGGGAGGAAGGAGAGCAGUGCCGAGCCAUGUUCAUUGUACGCCACGCGGACAUCGUGAAUGAUAAGGGUUAAUUUUAUUAAUUAUAUUUUCUGAUAUGAGCCUAGAACUCUUAGUUCCUAAAAAACAAAGAUGCAAAAAAAGAAAGAAAGAAAGAAAACCAGGAACGGGAGAGCAAGCGGAGAGGAGAAGUGUGUUUCCAAGGAGGAUGGUGCUGGUUCAUCCCUGGGCGAGGAGCAGGAGCCCUGUGCUGAGACCCCUCACCCGGCCAGGACCACGGCCAUACAAACAGUUCCUCCACACAUCGAGGCGAAGGGAGACGCUGAAUCUUUUCAUGGGAUAUAUAUAUAUAUACAGUAUAUAUAAAUAUACAUAUAUAUAUAUUAUUUUUUUUUUCAGUUAGCGUUCUAGCCACAGUUCCCAGCAGGAUCCUUCCGCUGCCAUUACUGCAUGCUGUAUAUGGAGUUAGGUGUGUAUUGGUCCUCUGUGAGAUGAGGAGAGGUUCUCGCUCUGCACGUGCCCAGGUCUCAUCACCUUUCUGCCCUCGGGUGUAUGGGGACAAGGGGACACAGGUGUUGCAUGGGGUCCGGGGUCCCUCUCCAUCACCCUGUGCUGCACAGCCCAGCCCCGGCCCUUGGUGGUGGAUUGAAGCAAACCAAGGGAUGGACAGAUAUAGAUCUAUAUAGCUCAGUUUCAUAUUAAUAUAUAUAUAUGUAUAUGUGUGUGGGUGUGUGUGCGUGUGUGUGGGUAUGUAUAUAUAUAUACAUAUAUAUAUAUAUAGAAAAAAAGGCGAAGUGAUCGGCACCUGCUGCUGAGCCACUGGCAGAAAUUUGAGGGGGGAGGGUGGGACACCUCAACAACUGGCUUUAUUUUUCACUGGUGGGGGGUCUGUCCUGCAGUUUCUUUUCCUCCUUUGGUUUCCCUUCCUUCUCCGCGGCCGACAGCGAGGCGGGGGCACAGCGGGCGGGCGGCGAGGGGGCUCUCUCUGCCUCUAUCCAUUAAAACGAUUGUUCCAUGUGGC